UGGAAGGAACGUUUCUUUUCAACAUCAACUAGUCGGUCGUCACUAGUUACCACAGUCAUAAAGUCAUAAUUAUGGCUAAACCCCAACCAUUUCUACAACUUCUCUUCUUAAAAUCUGAUUUUUAAACCUUAACCACACUGCUAAGAUUAUUCCUAACCUUCAAUUAAGACCAAAAGUACAUUUCUGUUUUCAUAAAUAUUUAGCCAAUGUUGACUUUGUGGCUGUAGUAACUAUGGACAACGCAGCUAGACAGCCAUGUUAUUUUAUAGUUAAACGACAGUGGUCAGCCACCUCGGUAGCUUGCUAGCUGAAACAUUGCAGCUCUUUAGACGCAUUCUUGUAUAUUAUCCACUGUGUUUUAAACAUACUUCUGUCGUCUAGCUAGUUAUCCCAUUUAAUUUCAUAUUUACGUUGUUGUUAUUAGUCAGCUAACGUAGCUAGCUGGCUGGUUAAGUUAGCACUAGCCUAGCUAGCUAACUGUUAGCUAACAUCCCCGACCAUGAGUUCACUAAGCUACUCUCCUCCUGCUAAAGAAGAGGAGGUCUACUGGACGGAGAAAGAGGGUCUGUGGCUGAACGUUGUCGUGAAAGAAGAGAAAGAAGAAGAGGAUGUCACAGUAAAACAAGUAGAGGAUGAGGCUGUUGCAGUGAAGGAAGAGAAGGAGGAGGGAGAGGUAACUGUCAUAUUGGAAGAAGAAGAGGAGGAUAUUGGACAUUUGAUGAACCCCAGAGAAAGACGGGACUAUCGUGGAUCCUCUGGAGAGUCUCAACAACAUCAUGAUGCAGAGAAGAGACUCUCCACAUCAGAACACCUCAAGAAACACCAACGGAAACCCACAGGGAAGAAGAAACUUCACCACUGCUCUGACUGUGGGAAGAGUUAUUCAAGAUCAGAUUCACUUAAAGUACACCAGAGAAUUCACACUGGAGAUAAAUCCCAUUGCUGCUCAGACUGUGGGAAGAGUUAUUCAAGAUCAGAUUCACUUAAAGUACACCAGAGAAUUCACACUGCAGAGAAAACAUAUAGCUGUGAUCAAUGUGUGAAAAGUUUUACUUCACCUAGCCAGCUGACUAUACACCAGAGAACACACACGGGAGAGAAACCUUUCCACUGCUCUGACUGUGGAAAGAGUUUUGUUAUCGCAGGAAAUUUAAAAUCACACCAGAGAACACACACAGGAGAGAAGCCUUAUAGCUGUACUCAAUGUGGGAAGAGUUUUGCUUACUCAAGCAGCCUGAUAGCACAUUUAAAAACACACACAUGAGGGAAUCUACUGCUCUGACUGUGGGGAGACCUUUUCAAAAUCAUCUACAUUACAAUCACAGCAGAGAAUUCACACAGGAAAGAAAUCUUAUACUAUUUUAGUUAAUAAUGUCACAAUGUAGAACCCUAAACGUUUGUCCCCUGUUCUAUUGAUUUCAACAUGAUAUGGAUAUUAGCCUCAGGGGGGAAAUCCAGGCUCUGAAUUGGAAGAGUACUAUUUAUGAGAUUUAACAAAAAGUAACUAACACAAAAAGAGCUGUGUUACACUUACCACGUUGGUGGCCCACUUGAAUCAAAAUAUAACACUUCAAAAUGUAGAUAGAUGUUUUCUACAAAUUGUCCUCUAACCAGUGAUGUGCACAUUACUCCCAGAUUCUGUGUGGUGUUUGAGCUGUUAGUUUUAACGGGACGUGCAAGCUCAUCUCCCCCCCUCUUGCGCAAUUGAUUUCAACGUGAUAUCGUUAUGAGUGAUGACAAGUAAGUGUUGCGUUUCUCUUCGUUCUAGCGACCCCUAAAAUGUAAAUGCAACACGUUCCUUUGUUUAGCGACCCCUAAAUGUAAAUGCGUCUCUCCAAAAUGUAGCUGACUGUCUUCUGCAGGCAGUCCUCUAAUCAGUGAGGUAAAAGAUAUCUCCCAUUUCCGUGUGUUUUUUUUAGUUGUGUUCGUUUCAACAGCACAUACAACCUGAUUUUUUUUAUCCGAUCGAUGUCCGUAAUUUAUUGCCACUUGUCAAAACAACAGUGUUUUUGGUGCUUGUACAGUUUAUAAAGGUGCUCGUUUUAAUAAUACAAAGAAUAUGAUUAUAAGUGUGUUUGUGUAGAUCAUACAUUUUAUGUUUAGGUUUUUCAAUAUAUCACAAACUGUUUCUGCAUAUUGGUUAUUGAUUUGGACGCGUUAAAACUAUGUUUUGACUUUGGUAUUUCUAGCAAAAUGUCAUUGUAAAGAAGAAACCGAAGUCAAAUCUACGUUGUUUUUUUAAAGUAUUAAAGACUUAUUUUUUUUAUCAACGUUUUUACCUUUUGUAUUCCACGGAUGGAGUAUAAAAAAUGGGUCCAUGAACAAUUUUUAUUAACAAUCUGACAUCACUCCAGUAUUUCUUUGCAACAUUCAAGUGCCAAUUGUCUUUAUUCCACUACUGAAGAAGCAUGACUCAAAUCACCUCAUAUUUCAAACAUUCAGCCUGACAAAAGAUACAUGUUUUAUUAUUCCAUGCCUCACCAUUAAGUUAAUUAUUGCCAAUACUAAUAACAAAGGAGUGUACAUUUGGUUUUGACAUUUCAACAUAUUUACAUUACAUGUAACAUUUUAGUAAUCAUAAUUAUUUAUGCAACCAACUGACAAUUUGUUUUUACGAUUAUAUUGUUGACUAACAAUGUAGUAAAACAAGCUUAUAUUUCUGGUUGGAUAUUACAUCCUAUUCUUACUAUUUUAAUCAAUGUCAUUUCCUCAGAAUGCUCAUUAGUCUUUCAGUUUUUAUUCUAUAGUUUUAAUCCUCUUGUGUUUGUUGUGUAGUAAAGAUUUCAAUUUUUAUUUUCAUUCGUUUUUUAAAAUGAUUUCUUUCUUUGAAGCGAAUUGAUUUGCUUCCAUGUCUAAAAUGUGCUAUAUAAAUAAAUAAAAUAA